AUGGGUCGCAUUUUCCGCAUCGGCAAGCGGUUGUUGGCCGUUGCAGCGUUCACUGGAGGAGGUCUGGCGCUUUCGUUCACCGUAGUUGACAUCACUCAGGAAAACUUCUUCAAAAAAAAGAUUCUUCUCGCUGCUCAUUCUGAGGCUGAGCAUCCCGUUCACGAGUUGCAAACUCUUCCUUCGAGGUCUGAGUUGCUGCAGAAUUUACGGUCCACCAAACAAUUUGAUGUUUUGGUGAUUGGAGGAGGAGCAACCGGUGCCGGUGUGGCCCUCGACUCACAGACCAGAGGGUUAAGUACUGCGUUAGUAGAAUGCGACGAUUUCAGUUCAGGCACGAGCAGCCGAAGCACUAAACUGAUACAUGGUGGCGUGAGGUAUCUUCAGAGUGCUGUUCUGAAGGCAGAUUAUGAACAGUAUCGCAUGGUGAAGGAAGCGCUUUUUGAACGUGCAAAUCUUUUGAAAAUCGCGCCUCACUUGGCUUCGGCGUUGCCUCUUAUGCUACCAAUUUAUAGCUGGUGGCAGGUGCCGUAUUAUUACAUUGGUAUCAAGAUGUACGACUUUGUUGCCGGAAAGCGGCGAUUGAAGCCGUCGUUUUAUAUCAGCAAAAACAAAGCAUUGGAGCUGUUCCCGCUCUUGAAAAAGGAAUCGUUAUGCGGUGCCUUAAUCUAUUACGACGGUCAACACAACGAUGCCCGUAUGAAUCUGUCGAUCAUACUGACGGCUAUUCGACGAGGUAGCCAAUGUCUGAACCACGCUGAGGUGGUGGACUUGCUGAAAGAGCACGAUCACCUGACUGGACAGAACGUAGUCAGAGGUGCUAAAGUGAAGGACAACCUUACCGGUCAAGUGUUUGACAUCAGAGCGAAGUGUGUCAUUAAUGCAACCGGUUCAUUCUGUGACAAAAUUCGACUUAUGGACAAUCCAAAGUCGUCGUUGCUCGUCGUACCGUCGCAAGGCGUACACGUUAUUCUGCCAAAAUAUUACUGUCCUAUGAAUACCGGUCUGUUCGAUCCGCAGACCAGUGACGGUCGCGUCAUCUUUUUUCUUCCAUGGGAAAAUAUGACCAUCGCCGGCACGACCGAUUCACCAUGUUGCGUCACCGAUUCACCUGCGCCAGGCGAAACCGACAUCGCGUUCAUCUUGAAGGAAAUUCGCAGCUAUCUGGCAUCAGAUAUUAGCGUGCGAAGGGGCGACGUCCUGAGCGCUUGGGCCGGCAUCCGUCCGCUGAUCGUGACUCCUUCAUUGACAGCUCUUUUAGGCGGAAAGUGGACCACAUACAGGCACAUGGCUGAAGAAACGAUCGAUAAAGCGAUCGAAGUCGCUGAGUUGAAACCCACUGGCCCCUGCGUUACAACCGAAGUAUUUCUUGAAGGUGGUACCAGUUACAAUUCUUUGCUCUAUAUCCGCUUGGUACAGGAUUUUGGUCUUGAACUAGAGGUCGCGAAACAUUUGGCGUCAACGUAUGGUGAUAAAGCCGUUUCUGUGGCAAAGUUGGCCAAGUUGACCGGAAAGCGUUAUCCGGUUGUUGGCAAGCGCUUGCAUGAAGAGUUUCCUUAUUUGGAAGCUGAGAUUAUCUAUGCGAUUCGAGAGUACGCCUGUACAGCGGUGGAUUUCAUUGCACGUCGAUCCCGCCUGGCAUUUCUUAAUACACAUGCGGCCUUGGAGGCGUUACCAAAAGUCAUUGAAAUUAUGGGCGAUGAGCUACAUUGGAGCGAGAAGGAAAAACAGGUGCAGAUGGAACAGGCGAGGAAGUUCAUCGACAUUCAGAUGGGGCAAGACGCUCGACUGAAGGCAUUUGAGGAGUCACCGAUAAAUUUGACUCCUGAGGAGCAUGAGAAAGCACUUGCCGAGCGAAAUGAGAGACUGGACGAAGGAGUACUUCAUGGAUUAUUGGACGACGUGGACCUCAACAAAAAUGGCGAAAUCGAGCUCAGGGAAUUUUUACUUUUAUACAGCGGACUCAAGGGAGGAUCGAUCAGUCAAAAUCGACUAGCUCGAUACUUGGGCGAAUAUCUGGUGAUCACUCCUGAACGUUCGGGUGGAGGCGUUUAA